UACAGCAUCUCUCCCUCGAGUCACACACUCGCACUCUCUCUCCUCUCUCUAAAACGCACACGCCCCACUCUCUCUCUCUAUACUCCCUUCACCUGCUAUGUCAUUUUGCCCUAUCUUUCUCAAAAACACUCUUGCUGUACACCAAAUUGGGAAAUGCUGGUAAGGUUUUGAUGGCUUGAGUUAUUUCGGCAGGGUUUUGCUUGAUAAAGUCACUUAGCUGAGAUUGAUGCAGUGCCUCUUUCUUUCUUGAAGCAAUUUGUCACGUCCACAAAUUUGAGGGGUCAAGUGUGUUUAAAGUUUGGGAGCUUGUUGUGGAAAAACUUGCUGGAGUUGAGAAAUGGCACCCAAUCCAAGAGUUACAAAAGCAUUUCGUGCUAUGAGGGAUAUUGGCAUUCCUGAAGAAAAAGUGAAACCCGUCUUAAAAAAUCUUUUAAAAUUGUAUGAAAAAAAUUGGGAACUUAUUGAAGAAGAAAAUUACAGGGCCCUGGCAGACGCUAUAUUUGAUUGCGAGGACACAAAGGCUGCGGAAAAUAAGAAGAAAAUUGAGAAUACUGAUCAGGACGAUAAUUUGGCUUCAGAAGAUCAGGGGCAUGAUGAGCCUGAACGUCCCUUAAAAAGGUUACGAUUAAGACACCAAGAAGCUCCAGUUUCAUCCUCUUUGGGUAACUCUAGCCCCAGGUCCGGUGGAACUCCACUUAAAAGGCCUAAAGUGGAGCAACCGGAACUACCUCAAUCUAGUUCCUUGCAGCAGUCACAGGGCAUAAUAGAGACUCACUCCAAUAUUGAAAAGGCGAGGGCUGAAUCUCAACCUUUUUCACCCCACCCACUUAUCAGAAAUAAAGGAAAACAACCUAUAUUGCCUAAUCAUUUGGCAGUGCAGGAAAGAUCUGAGCCUUCUCAAGCAGGUGCUACUGACCGAACUCAGCCAGCAAAGAGAACCGAGUUUGAUUCAACAUCUUCUCCAGUACAUCUCAGGGACAAGGGAAAAGGACCACUUUCCCCCCAAACUGCUCAAAGAGAGAAGGGAUCAUUUUCUGAGAGGCCAGCUCAUGCAGUGCUCUUUAAAGGGCCAAACGUUGAUCCCGGCAUUGUUCUUUUGCCCAAACAGAAAGUGCCCAAUAGUCAUGCAUUGAUCAAGCCAAAAGAUGAGCCAUUUACUGAUGACAUGCCACAAUUUGAGGUUCCUAUUGCAGUGAUUCAUCCAGAGCCAUCGUGCGAAGGAAAUACUUUAAAUGGAAAUGAUUCAAUCAGAGAAUUAGAUGGUCCUGAAGCCCUAGUAUCUCAAUCUGUAGGCGAAGAAAAAAAUGGGAGUGUUCCAGCUUCGCCAAGUGAAACAAGGACUAACUCUGAGCUUGCAACCAUCAACGAUGAAUCUUCUGCUAACUUAGAGAUUGCUUCCUCGUCCUUUGGGGAGGUUAAAAUUUCUUUGAGUUGUAACUCUGCACUAGGUAAGCCUGACUUUCACAUGCCUUGUCUUGAUGAAGUUCUGAAACUGGUGGAGGACAAAUGCCUCAGAUCUUACAAACUUCUGGACCCAAAUUUUUCUGUGAAGAAACUGAUGAAAGAUAUGUGCGAAUGUUUUUUGGAAUUAGGAAGCGACUCUAAUGAAUCACAAGGAAGAAUAGGUGUAACACCAGCUAUUGAGUUAUUGAAUAAAUCUAAUUCACCGGAUGCUUUAGGUGCCAGAGACAUGCCAUUUGGUCAUUUGAAUGGAUCAGUCAACAUUCAAUGUGCUGCUGAGGUGGCUCUGCCUCAAGUUCCGAGAAUUCCACCUUUGAAAGGUAUGGAGGACUGUGUACAACCUGAUAAGAAUAUUACUGGGAAUGGUUGUGAUACUGAUACAGAACAGAAUUGCCUUGAAGACAUAAAUUCUCGUAGUUUGGUGGUUGUGCAGCAGCAUCAACAAACCCCUGAUAAUAUAAGGUCUUUGCAUGAUGUUAAUGACAUAGCCAAAGGACAAGAAAGAGUUGUGAUUUCACUGGUUAAUCAAAUCAACAGUGACUGUCCACCAAAGUUUCAUUAUAUUCCCCAAAACGUAGUUUUCCAGAAUGCUUAUGUGAAUUUCUCUCUGGCUCGAAUUGGGGAUGAGAAUUCUUGUUCGACUUGUUUUGGUGAUUGUCUAUCAUUGUCCACACCUUGUGCAUGUGCUCACGAGAGUCAUGGUGAUUUUGCAUACACACCAGAAGGCCUUGUUAAGGAGGACUUUUUAGAUGAGUGUGUUUCUAUGAACCGUGACCCUCAAAAUCAUUGCCACUAUUACUGUAAAGAAUGUCCAUUGAUAAGAUCCAAAAAUGAUGAUAUCUUGGAACAAUGCAAGGGUCACUUAAUGAGGAACUUCAUCAAAGAAUGUUGGUGGAAAUGUGGCUGUAGUAAACAUUGUGGUAAUCGGGUGGUUCAGCGGGGGAUAAAUUGUAACUUGCAGGUGUUUAUGACACCCGAAGGCAAAGGGUGGGGUCUUCGUACCCUUGAGGACCUGCCAAAAGGUGCAUUUGUGUGUGAAUAUGUUGGGGAAGUAUUAACCAAUGCAGAGCUCUAUGAGCGAGUCUCGCGAAGCCCCAGUGCUGAGGAACAUGCAUAUCCUGUGCUUCUUGAUGCAGAUUGGAGUUCAGAGGGAGUGUUAAAGGAUGAAGAAGCUCUUUGUUUGGAUGCGACAUAUUAUGGAAAUGUUGCAAGGUUUAUUAAUCACAGAUGUUUUGAUUCAACCUUGGUUGAGAUCCCAGUGGAAGUGGAGACUCCUGAUCACCACUACUAUCAUCUGGCCUUCUUCACAACAAGGAAGGUAAAAGCCUUGGAAGAGCUAACUUGGGAUUAUGGUAUUGAUUUUGAUGAUCAUGAUCAUCCAGUUAAGGCAUUUCGGUGUUGCUGUGGUAGCAAGUUCUGCCGAAACAUUAAACGUUCAAGUAGAUCUAGAUCCAGAGGUACUAGAAGAUGAACCUCCAAUCUGAGGGGAUUUGCUAUUUUGAUGUUUUGCUCAGUGGGGAAAUGUGACACUGGUUGAUACUGGUCGGACUUUGCUACUGGCUCUAGAUUUACCCUAAAACUUUGAGAUCUAUGUGAAUCUGCACAAGGUUAUGCGGACCAUGUAUGGUGGAACCUUUGGAGGUCAAUUCAGAUAUGUUCUAUGAGCAACCAUCUACAUAAUGGAUGUUGUCAUGAAUCAAUAACAUUUUGCCUCCUUUUCCUUUUGGCAACUCGGAACACAUUAUUAUUUUGUCCUGUGCAUUUCAUGUAUGGUACAUUGCGUAUAAUAUUUUGCUAAUAGAAUUAUUGGCCUUUUUUGAGUGCUA